GUAAAGUCGCUCGCAACUUCCGGUUCACGACGACUUUAAGCCAAGCUCCCAGACAAUUAAUUUAUUCGAGGUACAAAAAUAGCUCGGUGACAAUUGUUUCCACACAGUCACAUGGGGUGUAUUUUAAAAGGUGAACCAAAGACGAGGGACAUUUUGUACACCGAGCCUGUGUUUCGAUAUAUCUCUCUGAUUAUUAAAAUCAGGCGACUAUAAUCAUGAGCAAUUCUUUGAUGCAUUUGCUUUUAUUACCAACACGGCUGAGUUUAUGGAUUCUCUCUUUGGUAUAUUACAUUCUUGUGUAUGGCACAGCUUGGAUCACUGCUUGUUUGGUUUUGAUCCGAAUUGCCUGGACUGGAUUUAGGGAUCCAUACAGAACUUUUCAAUGGACCGUCCGAAAGAAACCCCCAGACUGCCUCCAAGACCCUGCACUUGGCCACCAUGCAUAUCUGAAGGGCAGGAGCUCAGGCUUGAGGCUCCAUUAUGUAACUAAAGGAGACCACAGAAAGCCCCUAAUGCUGUUUCUUCAUGGAUUCCCAGAGAACUGGUACUCUUGGCGUUACCAAUUACAUGAAUUCAGUCGCCAUUACCACACGGUGGCGCUAGAUCUGCGUGGCUGUGGAGAUUCAGAUGCACCCGUCCAGCUGGAGGAAUACUCACUGCAGACACUCUUAUAUGACAUCAGAGACACCAUCGAUGAAUUGGGUCACACGAGUUGUAUAUUGGUGGGCCAUGACUGGGGUGGGAUGCUGGCAUGGCAUUUUGCUCUGGAGCGGCCAGACAUGGUGCAACUUCUCAUCGUCAUGAACGCCCCUCAUCCUGCCUCAUGGCUGGAUGCUGUUUUGAGAAGACCUUCUCAGCUGUUGCGCUCAGGACAUGCAUGUUUCUUUCAGUUACCACUGCUGCCCGAAAUAGUUUUGUCUCUUGAAGAUUUUAAGUUGGUUCGAAGUCUAUUUUGUGGCAAGAAUCUGGGCAUCAAGAACAAAGACAGAAGACUGACUGAGUCCCAGCUGGAGGGUUACCUGUACCGGCUGUCCCAGCCCGGAGGUCUCACAGCCCCUCUGAACUACUUCCGCUCUCUCCUCAGUAACACUCUGUACAAGCAUCAGGAGGUUGGUGUGCCCUGCAUGUUAAUUUGGGGUGAGGCAGACAAUGUACUAGUAGAGGGCAUGUCCGGUGGAACAAGGCCUUAUGUAAGAGGUCCAGUCGUCAUUCACACUAUUCCCGAAUGCAGCCACUGGGUUCAGCAGGAUCAACCUGAGAUAGUCAACAAACUCAUAUGGGACUUUGUUCUGGAUAAAGACAUCAUAAAACACAAUCAUUGAUUGCCUCUGGUUCAUUUGGUGUAAAGAUUUUUUUUUUAGAUACUGGCUCCAGCAAGGUUUCAGAUUUUCUCUGAAAAAAAUAACUACUUGCCUUUAGUCUGAUUUGUCUUAUGUUAAUUAAAAACAAGCAAAAAUAAAACCUGAUUGGAUUAAGAUCUGUUCAGUACACUGUUUCACAAAGGUGAGGGAGAACAUUUAUCUUGUACAAUUUGUUAUCUCAGUAAAUAUUUGAAACUAUUGUUCUAAAGGUUUAAUUAUAAAUUCAACUUAUACAUAUUUGUUCCUUGAUAAUACUUUUAUGAGAUCUUCAGUUCAAGACUCUUUGACAAAUAAUAUAUCAUACCUGCACUAUAAGGUCUUUCCUGCAAGCUGUUUAACUGAAAAUCCAACAUAAUUAUCAAAAAUGUGUAGCCUGUCACUUAUUACAAUCUGUUUAAUUUAGUGUGAUAAAAUUCUGUAUAACUACAUCAAAAUGCCUGAUAUGUUUGUUCCAUUUUUUGGGGGUUUUGCAUUCCUGUGAGUAUUGGAUGGCUUUUAACUGCUUAAUGUGUUGAAUUAUCCCAGCAUUAGUGACAACAAUAAACAAAUUCUCAUAGAGAAAAGCCCAGAUUCUUGAGGAUGAUGCAAACUGAACUUAUGAUUAUGAUACGUCACAGUUAAAAGUAGAAACCUUUGUUACACAAUGCAGUUAGCAUUCUUUCGAGACCCUUUUAGUCUGUCAUGGGUAACAUUUAUUUCUAUUAAUAGCUCAAACUUCAAGUCUAUUUCACACAUAAAAUAUUACUUUGGAAGACAUUGAAUAUAGUUCAUGGGUCAUACAGACUACUUUUGUAAUAGUUUUAUGGUACUUAUAUGAUAUUUAAUGGUUUUAUUAUGAUUUUGGAGCCAGACAGUCUGAGCAGGACAUUCUGCUUAAUUUAUGUUUUUGUUUUAUAUUGUUUUGUGUAAAAUAAAUAAAUAAAUAAAUAAAUUCUAAAUGAAAAUAAA